AUGGCAUUUCAACUUGCAUUGAGAAAUAAUAUACCUAAUCCAUUUUCACGUGAAAAAGGUGUAGCUGGAAAAAAAUGGCUUAGAAGAUUUCUUGACCGACAUCCCAAAUUGGCAUUCAGAAAACCACAGAGCAUUUCUUCUGCAAGGAUUAAAGGAUUUACUCCAGAGAACGUGAAGAUAUUUUAUGAUAAGAAGGAAGUAUCCGUUAAUGGGUUCAGGAAAAGUGGCAUUUUUCCUUUCAACCCAUUUAUUGUCCAUGAUCACGACUUUGCCAUUCACAGACAACAUGAAGCUACACCUCCACCUUCAACAGAGAAUGAUAACACUCCAGAUCCAGAACAAAUUACACCACCACACCAUGUCUACAUAGGUCCUGAAAGCAUAAUUCCACUACCAUCAGCCAGUGGAGCAUAUAAAACAGUCUCAAAUAAUAAGCCCAGAACAGGUUCAGCAAAAUUAAUAACCAGUACACCAUAUAAGGAGGAUUUAGAAAAAAGUGUUAUUAUAGUAUAA